AUGUGGGGCGGCGGCGCGCAAUGCGUGCACGCGUCGCUCCCGCGUGGAGCACGAGCGCAGCCCGCUCCUACGCUCAGCGGCGCUAUCGCUAGCCGCCGCCCGCCAAGACCCAUACCUCCGUCACCAACUCUAGUAGCACAAAUAGACUCAUCGGUUGCAUGUCUAUGGUUGCUUACCCCUCUAUCCGCUGGAACUGCGGUCAUCGCCAUCAUCGUAGCAGUGACUACAAACAAUUGGUUGCACAUGCAAGAAAACAUGUUGAACCCAGCCUUUAAUGGAACCGGGAAAUAUGAACUGGUUGCGAAGCACACGGUGUCUGGACUAUGGCGUAUUUGUCAUACAGAUCCUGGCAGUACAGAAUAUAGAUGUUUGGAUAUUCCUUACUUUCCCCUAUCCCAGUAUGCACCGGAUUUGAGUGAUUCAACGAAUGCAAUACCUUAUAUUGUAACGAGAUCUGCGGUACCUCUUUUGCUAGCAGUUUUAACCCAGGCGGCGGGAGGAUUGUGUUGCAUGCUCGGGCAUUGCGUGAAAGGGAGAAGACUUUGUACGUUCAUUGCUGGCGUACUUUUUAUUAUAUCUGGUCUCAUAAUGUUAACUGGGAUCGUCAUGUACAUAUCUGUGUUUAAAUCGCAAGUGGGCCAUAAACUACGCUACAUGACAUUUUUUGAUACGCCCCGAAUGUCGUACAGUUACGGUUAUUCGUUUGGUUUAUACAUAAGUGGAUUUAUUGCAGCAGAGUUGGCUGGUACCUCGGCUAUAUUUCUUUUUUUACAAUGGUACCAGAAAGAUUGGAUUACAGAAUUGACUGAGAAGGCUAAAGCAGAUUGUCGUGCCUGGGAUCGAGAAUUUGCCUUUUCUGAUUUUAGAGAAAGAGAUUCUACACUUUUAGAAAGGCGUAUGAUGAAAAGAGACACUUAUCCUCCAACUGGAUCGUCAGCAGCUACGCCGAGGGAGCGACGAAGAUUUGUCUAUGAUGGUGACGAUAUGCCACAUUGCUCAAUACAUAAAAACAGGCGAAUCAAUUUAAGCUCGGCAUCUUUAAAGGAUUUGUCGUCUUCUACCUUGUACGGUUUCCCAGCAGGACCUCGACCGACUGCUUGUGACAAUUAUUUUGAAGAGUUUAAAGAAGUUCCUCAAAGUGCGAAUACAUUGAGCGGUCUCAGGAGUGCUUCGAUAUUUCAAUCACAAGCUUCUGUUGCGAGUGGAAGGUUUUUAGAUACCUCAGCAGUUGAACCACCUCCGUCUCGCGAAGAAGAAAUGGUAACAUUCGGUGCUGGGGCAAGAACAGUUAUUGAAGACAAACCGCCUCGUCACGACCGCGCUGUAGGUACCGAUCCUUAUAGGCGGACUACACCGGUCUGAUUAAGUACUCCCCGGGUUUCCCCCCCUGAAGCAUAUCGUUAAGUGAUAACAGCGACAGUGUUUCACUUCAUUUGAUGUAUGACGUAUUAUAUGUAAAGUAGUCACGGAAGAAUUGAAUGUCGAGAAAAGUGAUUUUCGAAUUUAUGAACUAUAUGUGACUUGUGUCAUGGAAAUUUUUUGACUGUUACAUUUCCUUGAAUAAAUAAUGCCAUUUGUGUAA